AUGCAUCUCAUGUACACUCUCGAUGCCGUAAGUGUAUGCGCAGGUGGACUUGGCGCACCAAGCUUUUCUACGCAACAUGGCAGAGCAGGCUGCUGACCGAUUUCUAUCCGCCGCCGCCCUCACUAGAAUGGCAAUCGUCUGUACACGCUCAAGAAGAGGACAACGGCUGGAAGCAUCACAAAGAGCGCACAUCCUGCUCGGUUCUCACCCGAUGACAAGUUCAGCAAACAUAGGGUGACGAUCAAGAAGAGAUUCGGUAUUCUGCCUACUCAGCUUCCUACCAAGCCCAUGUGA